UUCGGUCGUUCCAAGGAGAGGUGAAAAUGCGACACGCAAAGUUCAUCGCACGCACGGUGCUGGUGCAAAACAACAACGUCGAGGAGGCAUGCCGAGUGUUGAACCGCAUUUUGGGCAAGGAGGAGAUUUUCGACCAAUACCGACGCACUCGUUACUACGAAAAGCCAUUCCAGACUCGACGACGCAUCAACUUUGAACGCUGCAAAUCUAUUUACAACGAGGACAUGAAUCGAAAAAUCCAAUUUGUGCUCCGCAAGAACCGGGUCGAGCCGUUCCCGGGAUGCAAUUAGUUUGAUCGGUUACAAAAUAUAUUCGCUGUAGUCUGGUGAAGAGA